AAUACACAGGCGCAAGAGCGAUAAUUUUGACCUCUUACAUAAACAUAUCAACCCUUACUCUAAUCAACAAAAUUGUCAGAGGAAAGACCUUCUUCUCCACAAGUAAAAGAAAAGGGACAAGACUAGCACACUCAGAUUAUCAGUUUACGGAAGUGUACGGACCAUGUGUUUUACUUGAAAUUUGGCUGAAGCGUGCUUAAAGUUCGGUUAACUGUGGUGAAAUUCACUCUGCUUGAUUCACUCUUUUGUAAUUUGUUCCUGAGAAGUUUCCAAACCGAGGUUACUGAUGUUUCCACAUCCACCACUUGUGAAAAGAAUUGUAAGAAGCAAAGUGCAAGCACAACAUAGCCCUUGUCUUGAUGAUAGUGUGCUUCUUGGACAGCCUCGUAGAUCAUACCGAAAAUGGAAUGACAAAAGUAUGCAAAAGGCUGCAAAAGCUGUUGAGGAAGGUACUAUGUCAUUAAGAAUGGCUUCUGAGAAGUACUCUGUCCCUAAGUCUACUCUACAUGACAGAGUGACGGGCAAAACUGACUUUGAAGCCCGCCCUGGCCCUAGCCCUUAUUUAAGUUUUGAAGAAGAGGAAGAACUGGCUAGUUUUUUGAUUAAAACUGCAAAGAUAGGUUAUCCUCGUACAAAGAGGCAAGUCUUGGCAUUAGUUGAAAGAAUUGUCAGCGCUCGUGGUAUUUGUACUUCAGUUACAAAUGGGUGGUGGGAACGCUUCUGCAAAAGGCAUCCCCAAAUGACUCUAAAAAUGGCUAUGCCACUGUCAUAUGUUCGAGCUGCCGCAACUGAUCCAGUAAUUUUGAAUAAGUACUUUGACACACUAGAAGAAACAUUGACAGAUAAUGACAUUCUAAAUAGACCAGUCCACAUUUUUAAUUGUGAUGAAACUGGGAUGCCAUUGAAUCCCAAAUGUUUGAAAAUUGUAGAUAAAAAAGGAUCAAAAAACCCCAGCUAUAUAACAUCCAACACUAAAGCUCAAGUGACUGUUCAUGCUUGUACCUGUGCUGCUGGCUAUGCCAUCCCUCCAUUUGUUAUAUUCAAACGAAAGUCCCUUAAUCCAGAGCUAACAAAAAAUGAAGUGCCUGGUACUUUAUAUGGGCUCUCUGAAAAUGGUUGGAUGACAAAGGAUCUUUUUUAUUAUUGGUUCAGAGAACAUUUCUUAUUGUAUGCCCCACAAGUUCGACCACUUCUUUUACUGAUGGAUGGGCAUGCUACACAUUACUCUCCAGAAACCAUUCGCUUAGCUGCCUCUCAUAAAGUUAUUAUAUUUGUUCUUCCACCAAACACGACCCACAUUACUCAGGCACUUGAUAAGGGUUGCUUUGGGCCUCUAAAAGUAGCAUGGAGACAUCUUUGCCAUGAGUUUUUUGUUGAUAACCCUGAAAAAGCAACUUUAUCCCUUUAUGAUUUUUCUGGAAUUUUUUCUGAAGCUUGGGCUAGGGCAUUUUCAGUAAAGAAUAUUCAGUCUAGUUUUAAAGUAACAGGAAUAUGUCCACUUAAUAAGUCUGUGUUAGAGAAAUAUGUAUCGAUUACAGAGCCUGAUUCAGAAGAAAAGUUUUCUGUCUUUCAACCUGCCAAUUUGGCUCGUAAGAAUGGCAUCAAGCACCUUCCUUUGUAUAGCCCAUCUCGUAGUUGUUGUCAUGAUGUUAGCAAAUCUGCUCAUAGUGAACUUGAUGAGUCAUUAGAUGGUUUUGAAAAACACCUUCUAGAGAGAAGUUCUAGGUCAUUUAAAGAAAGUUCUGUUGCACCAAGUCAUGAUAGUUCCAAAAUUUCAAGGUUUCUUAUUCCUCCUGUAUCUCCAAGAAAGUCACAAGUAGAUGAAAAGGCGUUAUGCAAAGUUCUUACAAGUCAGGAUAGCAUUAGAUUAAUGAAAGACAAGGAAGAGAAGAAACAGCACGAGGCUCGACUAAAAGAAAUGAGGAAACAAGAUCGAUUAAGGAAGCAAAAAGUGCAGCAGUCGAAAGCAUCUGGCGUCAAAGUAUCAUUUGCAAAAAAUCAAGUUAUUUUAGAGGAUAGUGAUGGUUUUCAAAGUGAAGUUGAAAGUGAUUGUGAAUUAAAUGUUCAGUCAGAUUUUGAGUUAGAUUGUUCUUAUGCUGAAUGGAGAGGAAAAGAAUCACAGUCAGAUUAUGAGUCAGAGCCUUCUACGAAAACAGGAACAAGAGGACAGAAGAAGAAGCUUGUAGAUAUUCAGCCACAGUCCGAUUAUGAGUCAGAGCCUUCAACAGAAACAGGAACAAGAGGACGGAAGAAGAAGCUUGUUGAUAUUCAGCCACAGUCCAAUUAUGAGUCAGAACCUUCAACAAAAACAGGAAGAGGACGGAAGAAGAAGCUUGUAGAUAUUCAGCCACAGUCCGAUUAUGAGUCAGAGCCUUCUACAAAAACAGGAACAAGAGGACGGAAUAAGAAGCUUGUUGAUAUUCAGCCACAAUCCGAUUAUGAGUCAGAGCCUUCUACAAAAACAGGAAGAGGACAGAAGAAGAAGCUUGUAGAUAUUCAGCCACAGUCUGAUUAUGAGUCAGAGCCUUCUACAAAAACAGGAGCAAGAGGACGGAAGAAGAAGCUUGUAGAUAUUCAGCCACAGUCCGAUUAUGAGUCAGAGCCUUCAACAAAAACAGGAAGAGGACGGAAGAAGAAGCUUGUGGAUAUUCAGCCACAAUCCGAUUAUGAGUCAGAGCCUUCAACAAAAACAGGAACAAGAGGACGGAAGAAGAAGCUUGUAGAUAUUCAGCCACAGUCCCAUUAUGAGUCAGAGCCUUCUACAAAAACAGGAACAAGAGGACGGAAGAAGAAGCUUGUAGAUAUUCAGCCUCAGUCCGAUUAUGAGUCAGAGCCUUCUACAAAAACAAGAGGACGGAAGAAGAAGCUUGUAGAUAUUCAGCCUCAGUCCGAUUAUGAGUCAGAGCCUUCUACAAAAACAGGAACAAGAGGACGGAAGAAGAAGCUUGUAGAUAUUCAGCCUCAGUCCGAUUAUGAGUCAGAGCCUUCUACAAAAACAAGAGGACGGAAGAAGAAGCUUGUAGAUAUUCAGCCUCAGUCCGAUUAUGAGUCAGAGCCUUCUACAAAAACAGGAACAAGAGGACGGAAGAAGAAGCUUGUUGAUAUUCAGCCACAGUCAGAUGAUGAGUCAGAGCCUUCUACAAAAACAGGAACAAGAGGACGGAAGAAGAAGCUUGUAGAUAUUCAGCCACAGUCCGAUUAUGAGUCAGAGCCUUCUACAAAAACAAGAGGACGGAAGAAGAAGCUUGUUGAUAUUCAGCCACAGUCCGAUUAUGAGUCAGAACCUUCUACGAAAACAAGAGGACGGAAGAAGAAGCUUGUUGAUAUUCAGCCACAGUCAGAUGAUGAGUCAGAGCCUUCAACAAAAACAGGAAGAAGAGGACGGAAGAAGAAGCUUGUAGAUAUUCAGCCACAGUCAGAUGAUGAGUCAGAGCCUUCUACAAAAACAGGAACAAGAGGACAGAAGAAGAAGCUUGUUGAUAUUCAUCCACAGUCCGAUUAUGAGUCAGUACCUUCUACAAAAACAGGAAUAGGAAUAAGAGGACGAAAGAAGAAGCCUUUAGAUAUUCAGCCACAGUCAGAUUAUGAGUCAGAACAGUAUACAAGAGCAAGAGAUGAUUACGUUGAACUGUCAGAUUGUGAAUCAAUAAAUCAGAGUAUAGGAGGGACGAAAGGUAGCUCUAGAUCUGCAUGUAGUUCACUUAAAGACAAAGAAGAUGCAUAUCUUGAUCAGUGGUGGAUCAAAGAUUUAAAACUGUAUAAUGCAGACAAAGAAUCACUGAAAUCUACUGUUCCUCUCACUGACAAUAUAAUUAAUGCUGCCCAAGUUCUUCUCAAGCUACAAUAUCCUCACAUUUCUGGUUGGCAAGAUACAUUGUUGGAAAAGAAAAUGAAUUUUGAUGUUAUAAGUUCUUAUCCUGCAAUUCAACUUCUCUUCGUUGGAAAGAAUCACUGGAUAUGCACAUGUGCUAUGACACCAGGCACAGUAACAGUUAUGGAUUCUUUGCAAUUGUACUCAAGGUUAAGAAAGGCAACAGUGAAUCUCAUUUCACAUGUAUAUCGAUAUCAUACGUUUUUAAAAUCUCUAAAAAUUGAAACAUUAGCAGUACAACAGCAAGAAGGCUAUACUGACUGUGCCCUGUUUUCUAUCGCUUAUGCUGUUGAGCUUUGUUUAGGAAACAAUCCAGAGAAUUCAUGUUUUGAUCAGGGUCAACUAAGAAAUCACUUAUACAAGUGUUUCGUUAAUAAAAGUCUAAUACCAUUCCCAAAACAAAAAGUUGAACCACUCCCACGACCUAGGAGACUAUACUAUGAAGUAAAAAUCUUCUGUUAUUGCAGAUUGCCAGAAAAUUAUGAUAAAAUGAUGAUCAUGUGUGAUUUAUGUCAGGAAUGGUACCAUUGCUCUUGUGCUGGGAUAAAAGAAAGUGAACUUGAUGAUAUUGAUGAUUGGAUGUGUGACAUUUGUAAUAAGUAUUGAACUAAUAAGUUUAUUUGUAUUGGGUCACAUUAACUUUUGUAUAUUAUGAAAAAGUUUUAUUGUUCAGAUAA